AUGGAAGCAAAACUCAACAAUGAAGAAGCGAAAAAAAGAAAAAAAAAUAAAAUCCUGCUGUGCGGCCUGGUGUCAGGCCUGGUAACCAAAACAUUAUUCGCCCCCUUCGACCGGAUAAAGCUCUUUUACCAGAUCCAGCCAAUGUUUCAACACUACUCCAAAGAGAGAGACAAAGAUGAUUUAAAGGGCAAGAGAAAAAAACGCAUCACAAGCAAGAGUUUACUGUUAAACGGUGUAGACCAAUCGACAAGCAUACAAACCGAAACAAUAGAAUCGGUCUCAAAAAGAAAAAGACUUGUACACAACGAAAAUGUGUACUUCCGUAAUUUAAAAAACACCAUAAAUGAAAUAAUUCAUAAUAGUAAAAAAAAAAAAAAAAAAAUUAUGAACACAAGCGUAAAAUACGCUGAACUGUGCAGGUGCUAUGACCACGCAAAGUAUUCUUCCCCUCAUCAAGUUUUUAAAAAAAUUUUGCACACCUAUCACAAUAAGGCAAAUAUAAAUAAUCACGUAAGUAACAAUUACCCCCUUUUAAACAUCAACACUAAUGUGAAACACGCAUUAAGAAGAAAAAGCAUUUGCUUGAGUAGGACAACACUCAGUGCUAGUAGCCAGCCAGUCAAAUAUCAAAGCAUUAUUCAAAGCUUCCUCUUUAUAAUAAAGGAAGAGGGCAUAUUGGGCCUGUGGAAGGGAAACUUAAUCAACACCGUGCGAGGCGGAAUCGUCUACUCAGCAAAAUUUGGAACAAAUGAUUUGAUAAAAGAAAAAUAUAAAAAAAAAAAAAAAGAUGACAGCGCUGCAGUAGAGCUGUUCCCCAAGGGGUUACCUAACAAAAAUGAUACAAAAAACAAUAAUCAAGUGAUACAAAAAAACUUUAAUUAUUACGAAAGUGUGAUGGCCGGCUAUGCCUCAGGUAUAAUACAAAAGACAUUGUCGUAUCCCCUAGAUUUACUAAGCAUCAGAGUAGCCCUAGGAAUAAAUGAAAAAUAUCUGAGGAAUAACAGCUCCAUGUUUAAUCAAAAAAAGUCCAUCCUUGGCAUUAUUCGUGAAAUUAAUAGUAACGAAGGAUUUGCAGGAUUCUUCAAAGGAUAUUUACCAACCCUAUUAACAGGAGUACCUUAUGUAACAUUACAAAUGUUAUUUUUUGAUUUUUAUAAAAAUAUUUUUCAAAAUUAUUUUCCACACAAAUCAAAUUCGCUAACUUCUGUGGCCAUUUACUCAUCUAUCGCCGGAUCGCUCAGCAACCUCUCCUCGCUAAUAAUUGUCUUCCCAGGAGACACUGUUCGCAAGAGAAUGAUGAACAACGGAAUAGACAACAGAAAUUAUAUAUACAAAAAUACCAUGCAUUGUAUUAAAAAUAUUUACCACUGCGAAGGGGUCAGAAAUUUCUACUACGGUUUGUUUCCCUCCAUGCUCAAGUCCAUCCCCUCGGGCGCCAUACAGUUCAUGUCGUACGAAAUUUUGAAGCAUAUGAUGUCGCAGGUGUGA